AUGUCGAAAGAGCGCGACGAGAUUUGCUGCAUACUUAAAUUCGGAAUUUUCGUCGUCGGCAUCAUUUUGACACUAGUACUUCUACUAGGUGCUUUUCACACAUUCCGUGUUUCGAUCGAAGACGCCGCACUCUCACGUUUCUCCGUCACCUCCUCGCCGAUAUCGAUCUCCUACGACUUCACCGUCGCAGUCAAAAUCCGCAACCCGAACCUGAACAUCGGCAUCUACUACGACUCGCUGGAGGCCAGUUACUUGUUCGACGGCCAGGUCUUCGCGACGACGACGUUCCCGAGCUUCUACCAGCGCCCGAGGGGCGCGACGGUGCUGCGUCCGGUGAUCGAGGGUAGCUCGAUCGUGCCCCACUUGGCGGGGGACGCUGCCGUCAUCGCCGACGUCGCCGACGGUGGGUCGUUGGGAGGCAACGAGACGAGUGUUUUUGGUUUGGAGGUGCAGAUCAGCGCGCUCGUGCGGUACCAAAGGCACAGGGAGCACUGCAGGUUCGAGGUGAAAUGCCCGAUGAGUGCGCUCGCGGUGACUCAAUCUAGUACUGAUAACACGUUUAAGAGAGUGAAAUGUGACGUGAAAGCAAAACCAGCUGGUUUCUUCGGUUAA